CUAACGUGAACACCGGCGCAAGCCGUAGAACUAAAACAGACAACUGUGGAAUUUAUAUGGAAAAACGGAUUGUUAGCUUCAGUGCGUCGCUUAGAAGAGGACCUACCGACUAAAUCGAAAUAACACCCUGAAGACCGACGGUUGAACUAUGCGGAAUUUCACGGGUUAAGUGAAUCAUAUUGUACCCCUAGGAUGGACAGUUACUUCAAGGCUGCUGUGUGUGACUUGGACAAGCUUUUGGAUGACUUUGAAUUAAACUCAGAGGAGGCAGAGAGCAAACCUGCAUUUGUGAAUUCUGCAUGCCAGGACCCAACCAUCUACCCUCAUCACUGCUUGACUUCACCAUGCUUUAUACCAGAGCCAUCCACGGUUUCACAAGCUCUCCCUGAUGUCAAUGCCCUGCACUAUGUUCCAUCUACACCUAGCAGUAUCCAGAACCAAAGAGAUCAAAAUAUAAAAGGGAGGGUAUUGACAGGUGUUGACCUCCUGUCCUCUGUUGACAACAGAGCUUCCAAAAGUUUGACUCCUCCUUGUCCAGAUAGAUCCUUAAAACCUGUCUGUGACCUUGUUAAUGAUACAGGAUCUGCCAAUCUGCCUCAGACAAACAGUCACAAUGCCUUCAAACAGCUGGAGUUGACUGAAAAACAGCUUGAGGAUGAGCUGCUGGUAGAUUUUGAUAGUCCAGUUAUAUCAUUUCCAGGGGAUGUGUUUAAGUCCAGUCAUGAUGAGCUGCAGGGACUGGACUCUGGUGGUCAUCUCGGUGGCUCCUCAAACGCUCUUAGUUUGCUAGAUGUUAUAUUGCCUGCAGCUGUUGAGAGGACUAGUGAACCUCAGAAUACUUCAAAUGAUCUAAAACCUGUAGAGAGUAAUGAAGUGGAGAUGCCUCAAAGUAGCUGUCCAGAGGCAUCGGGCUCUUUUGAACUUCAUAGCAACUCCCAAUCCUCUUUAGAAGAUGAAAUAAUCCCCAACAGCGCAAUUUCUUCAAAUGUAACAGAGGACGUUACAUUAUCCAGUGCUGUCAGUACAAGCCUGCCUAACUCAACACACAUGCAGCACUCAGGAGACAACAUCAACAGGGAACAAGAAGGUUCCUCAGCCCUUCCUCCCAGAGAAAAGGAAUCUUCGCUCUCCUGCCUCCCCAUGGCUGUAUCCAUGUGUGGAUCUCUUGUGGCCUCUUUGGAACCUCAAGAGACAACAGUGCAUGAAACCAAAGAAGAGACUGGAGUACCUUCCCCUGACUCCGAAGAGACACUAGCCACUGAAGAGGCAGAGAACUUUGCUAUUCCUUCUGAGGAAGUUGGGACUUCCAUAUGUCUUAGCCAGCCAGAUUCCUCCCCCGAGGAUGAUCCUGAACUCGUACAAAUAAUGGCAAAUCCAGAAGGGGCAGCAGCCCUUAUAACUCCUCCCUCUGACAGAAUUUUUGAAUGCACCUUAUCUCUUCCAGAGAAACUUAACACUAGAGAAUUGCCUGAGAGUAACCAGUCUCCUAGCUAUGCAGGGAGCCCUGAUUACCCCUCAGAGUUUGUCUUUACCAGUGAUUACCUUCCUGAAAGUGAGCAAAAUAUGAUGAUGGUAACUGAUGAAGAACUAGAUGCUUAUUUGAUGGGUCAGGCACAGAGAAGCAGCCCUGAGAUGUCAGCAGAGAAAUUUGUUGAUGAUGGCUUUUCAGAGUUCAAUGUGGAUUUAGAGGAAGAGUUACAAAGUUGUCGAGUAACUACGUUUGCAUCACCUGAAAGUGACAGGUCUCUUCGGUUUUUAGAGGAGGGUGAGGGUUCCAAUUUUUCCUCCUCAUCUCAGGACAGUAGUCCAUUGAAAGCAGACACCACCCAAACAGCUAAAAUACAUGACAUGCCCAGUCCCACUGAUAUUCAGGCAGUGUGCAAUGUAAGUCAGCAACCAUGUUAUGGAGGAGCACGACCCAAGCAGCUGUCUAGCCAAACACCAAGAUUAGUACUACCCCAAGAGGGGCAGAAUAGUAGCAACCAGUCUGAGGAGAAUAUGUUGAGUUCUGAGGAGGAGAACAGCACACAGUCUUCACCUGUAGCUCCCAUGGUGAGGCAGUCUCCCAGCCACACUGAGGGUAACUCUGAAUAUCCCAUUCAUGAACCUUAUGAUGACGGUUAUGGUCACGAUGAGCUUUCAGAGCCACCUCCAUAUCCAGGAGAGAGUUCUGGAGAAGGAGAAUCUUUACUUGAACUUGAUCAGUCAGGAACAGUGGACGGUGGCCUGGGCUCGAGGCAGCCUGCCUGGGUCCCUGAUUCUGAGGCUCCAAACUGCAUGAAAUGUGGGCAAAAGUUUACUUUCACUAAGAGGAGGCAUCACUGCAGAGCCUGUGGCAAAGUAUACUGUGCCCUUUGUUGCAACCGUAAAUGCAGACUGAAAUACUUGGAGAAAGAGGCCAGAGUUUGUGUGGUCUGCUAUGAAACCAUACAGAGAGCUCAGGCACUACAGAGAAUGAUGAGCCCCACUGGGCCUAGUCCCAACCCCAACGUCCCAUCCGAGUACUGCUCCACUAUCCCACCUAUGCAGCAGGCUCGAGCAGCCGGCACCCUCAACUCCCCCCCACCCACGGUCAUGGUGCCCGUGUCUGUCCUCAAGCAUCCCGGCAACGAUGGUUUCCCAAGAGAACAGAAACAUGUAUGGUUUGCUGAUGGAAUACUGCCUAACGGUGAGGUGGCAGAUACCACCAAGCUCUCUAUAAGGCCUAGGAGAUCCUCGCAGGAGUCCAGUCCAGUUACGCCAGACCCUCCAACGCAUGCUUGUAAAUUUCCAGAAGGCAGCGAAGGUUCUGUGGACAGUUCUGAGAGUGGUGCGGAGGUGACCCGUCGAGUUGUCAGCGGGCCCUGGGACUAUGCCCUGCUCUGUGGGCUCAGCGGCUAUGUGCAGGGGGCAGCAAGUCUUAUCCCUGAAGAUGAGGAGGGGCUUCCACCACUGCUAAUUACCACAGGAGAGGAAGAUGGAGGGGAUUUAUUAGUAGAAGAGCGCCCUGCUGCCUGUCAGAUAAUGCUGCUAUUAGAGGAGGGAGGCCCAAGACCUUUGACAUUUGUGCUGAAUGCCAACCUUGUGGUUAAUGUCAAACUGGUCACAUAUUGUGGGCGGAAGUGCUGGUGUUUGAGCUCUAAUGGUCUGCAAGGAGUGGGCCAGAGAGAGCUGGUGUUUGUUAUAGAGUGCCUCCCAGAGGAGAACAGUCUGCCAAAAGACAUCUUUAGCUUUUACAUUAGCAUAUACCAUGAUGCUCAGAAGGGAAAAUAUAUUGAGGAACUUGGCAAUGUGACGUUUACAGACAGUUUUCUGAGCAGUAAGGAUCAUGGCGGCUUCCUUUUCUUCUCUCCAAGCUUUCAGCCUCUGGAUGGGCUUGGGUUACCUACAAGCUCCUUUCUGUGUGCAGUUCUCAUUCAGAAACUGGAGGUACCUUGGGCCAAAGUGUUCCCCCUCCGCCUAUUACUCAGUUUGGGAGCAGAAUACAAAGUGUAUCCUAGCCCACUUGUUAGUAUCAGGUUCCGUGAAUCUGUCUUCAGAGAAACUGGACAUACCAUCAUGAACUUGCUCGCUGACCUGAGGAACUACCAGUACAGCGUGCCUGUAGUUGAUGGUCUGCGGAUCCACAUGGAGGUGGGCAAUAGCUACAUUGACAUCCCCAAGUCAAAGUUUAACGAGAUGCUAAAAGUGGUGAAUUCCUCAAAUGAACACGUAAUAAGUGUUGGAGCUUGUUUCAGUACUGAGGCAGACUCACACUUAGUCUGUGUUCAGAACGAGGACGGAGGUUACCAGACACAAGCCAACAGCAUUCAGGGAAAGGCCAGGAGAGUGACUGGAGCAAGCUUUGUUGUUUUCAAUGGUGCCCUGAAAGCUUCUUCAGGAUUUAUUGCCAAAUCUAGCAUUGUUGAAGAUGGGUUAAUGGUGCAAAUCCCUCCGGAGACCAUGGAGGCUCUGCGGCAGGCCCUGAGGGAUCAAGCAGACUUCCAGAUCACCUGCGGGAAAGCCAACUCUACAGAGGCUCGGGAAAAUGUUAGCGUGCGCUGGGUGGACUGGACGCCCCCAGUCAAUAAAGGUGUCACCAGCCCCAUAGAUGGGAGGUCUCUGGAGGGGGUACCCAGUAUCCGGAUCCAGCAGGAUUCAGAGUUUGAGAUGGAUGGGCGGAUAAUCAGGUGUACUGAGGUCUUUUACCUGCUGAAGAGCCCAGAUUGCUCCCUUUCUGGCAUUCUCCCCUCCUGCAGUCAGUUCCAGAGAGAAAUUGCUACUGCAGGCUGCGCAGCACUCUGUCCUCACCUCUCUGUCCUAAUCGGAAGUGGAAUCAACUCACUUGCACUCAGAGUUUCUACUGAUACUGAUAUGGUCGAGUACCAGGCGGGCUCAGGCGGGUGUCUUCUGCCUCAGAAAUAUAUGAAUGAGUUGGAUGGAGCACUCAUCCCUGUCAUUCAUGGUGGAAGCUCCUGUGUGCCGCACCAAGCAAUGGACAUGGAGUUCUUCUUCUACAUCACUCAGAGUAUUUGAACACGGAGGGUGAGAGCAGCUCCCUCUAAUGGCAGGGAUGGUAGCCCUCCUUCAAACCAAUAAAUAGCAAUGCUGGAGAGACACACAGACCUGUGCUAAUGUUUGUAAGGAAUUGUCCAUUGCACUUCACAGCAGUUGCUGUAAUUAACAGUAGGCUUCUUCAAAGUUGUUAAGAAUGAUAUAGGGUUGUAAUGUGUCCGGAUUGGAUGCAGUUUGUGGAAAUAGGAAGAAAAAUUAAUUAUUAUUAUUAUUAUUAUUAUUGUCUGUGAGAUCAGAGAGAGCAGACUUUGAUCAUAACUAGUGUCACAAUGCAUGAGAAGCACUGCUUUCAUUAAUGUGAAGAAUUUUUCUGAAAACCUUGAAUUUGCAGUUUUUUUGUUUUUUUUUAAUCCAUAGUUCUUUGGUGUUGCUCUUUUGAAGUUGCUUCAUCUGCACCUGUGAUCCAUCUGACGGUUUCAUUCACCUGUUGUAUUUUUUACAGUGUAUCGUGGCCUAUAAAUUCCCUCGGGUGUGUUAACUACACACAACGUAACCGAACACAACCGUUCGUUUGAAAUGUAUAAAUGGAAUCGUCUCUUAA